CAAGGAGUGCUCGCGCUGGAAGAAGGAGAACCUCAACCUGGGCGAGAAGAUGGAAGGCAUCACUCGCAGGAGGGACGAUCUGGAGAGCUAUCUGAGGAGCCUUGCCAAGAAGUUGUUCAUCAAGCUUGAAGAAUUUUGCCAUAACUUCAAGGAGGAGACUAGGCGUAUCGAACCUGGUUUGGAUCCAAUCAAUUCUCCCGUGAAAGAUGAAACUGCCAUGAAUCUGCUCCGACUGGAAUCCCGCAUCGACGGUCUCGUGGACUACUUGGCUCGACUGAAGGUCGCCAUGUCACGGAUUGACCCGUCACUUUGGCCAGAGGCCGCGCUCCAAAAUGAUCUUGAGUCCCUGAUGACUCGUCUUAACAAAAUCCCUGACCGAGUGCAGGAGUGGAAGAAGUCUUCUGCUCGGUGUGGUGCUGAUGUGGCUCUGUCUUUGGUUCGUGUCCACUGCAAGGAGGUGUGACAAGACAAACUGGCAGCAAUCAAGGUUGCCAACACCCAGAAGCAUGACUUCCGAACUUUUAUGGAGACUUUCAUCACUGCAGCCACUCGGAUCACCGACGGCAUCGACCUGGAUGAGUUCGUCGAGCCUGCCAGCCCUCCUCCUGCGGAGUGAACAAACUUUUCUGCCUCACCUUAAAUUUGCCUCGGAAUGCCGAGUGGUUUUUGUAACUGUUAAACUCUUUCGGGCUGAAUGCCUGAGCACUUUGAUCUGUGGUCCGAAACCUUUAGGAUUUAUCUGAACUUGGUUUAUCGUUGAAUAUCUUUAUGAAUCCCCGUCGAGUGGAAA